AUGAGUUCAGGAACAAACCAGGACCCCAAAGCCCCAGUGGCUAUCAAGAAAAGGUCCAGAGUCCCUGGGGUAAUGAUCACUCAGUAUGUUGAGCAACUGCCUUUGGGAAAGUCCACACCCGACUUCACUCGAAAGCCAAUGACUACGACUGUUCAAGAAGGUAAAAAAGCCAUUUUUAAAGCUAUGGUUAAUGGAGAUCCAGCACCAACUGUAACAUGGGGGCGCAAUAAAGGCGAGGUUAAUGAUCCAGAAAAGUACAAAACCAGAUUUGAUGAAAGAGCACAAGAGCACAUUCUUGAGAUGCUCAGUGUGACACCAGAUGAUGCUGACACCUUCAAAUGCUUUGCCACCAAUGAGUAUGGAAUGGCUGUUGUCAGUGCAACUCUCAACGUGAUCCAAGCUGGUUUCAAGAAGAAAGCCAAAGAUACACAGAUCCAAAUACAUUUUACAUCUCUCUUCUUCUCCAGUGUGGUAGUCACCAGAAAAAAACAACUUCCACCAAGAAAAGAAGGAGAAAUUGAUCCGAAGCUCUGGGAACUGCUUCUCUCUGCACGAAAGAAAGACUACGAAAAAAUCUGUUUGGACUUUGGUGUCACUGACUUUCGCUGGCUGCUCAAGAGACUCAACCAAAUGAAAAAAGAAAGGGAAGACGAGCAGGCAAAGGUUGUUGAGAAACUGGAAAAUGUGAAACAAAUAGAGGUAAAACCUAAUGGGAAAGCUGAAUUUAGCCUGGACAUGAAGUUAUAUGAUCCCAACAGUGCUAUCAACUUAUACAAGGAUGGGCAAAGUGUUUCAUAUGGUGAUGAUGACAAUUCAAAGCACAGCCUUCAGAAAAGUGGGACAAAGUAUGUUUUCAGUAUCAAAGAUCCUCAGCCAGAAGAUGCUGGCUUUUACCAGGUUGAUGUUGAAGAGGCAAAUGUCCUAACAACCGACUUCCAAGUGCCUGCUGUGGAGUUCAUAGCAAAGAUUAAGAAUGUGAAAGCCUUUGAAAGAGAGGAUGCCAUCUUUCAAUGUGUCCUGUCAACACCACUGAACAGAAUUACCUGGUCCAAGCAGGACUCUUCACUUGAAAAUGAGGACAAGUACGAGGUCACGGUCUCAGAGGACAAACUAAUUCACACAUUGAGGGUCAAAAACUGUGGAAUGGCCGAUAAUGGAACAUUUUACGCCAUUGCUGGGAUAACUUCCAGCAGUGCUUCCCUCACAGAUGAACUGACUAAACUAGCAUUGGAACAGAAAGCCAAGCUAGAAAAAGACAAAGACGAUUUAGAAGCAUCCAGAAAAGCACAGGCUGGAAAGGGAGAUGGAGGAGAUGGCGGAGAUGGCUCUGGUGAUGGGACCAAGCUGGAGAAGAACCUGACAGAUGGAGAUGAUGCAGAUGACAAGAAAAAGAAGCGACUGCGAACAGGCCCCUUGGUUCCUGACACUGUUAUAGAUCCUGGUGUUCGGUUUGUGAGUGGGCUGUCAGAUACUAUGGCUAAUACUGGUGAAAGGACGGAGCUGUCUUGCAAACUAAGUAGUGAGACCUCUGAGGGCCGUUGGUAUAAAAAUGGGAAGCUGCUCACUAAUGAGGAUGGAGUAACAAUUAUCAAAGAUGGCGCCUGUCACAAGUUAAUAAUUGAUUGCUGUAACAAAGACGAUGCAGCCGUGUAUCGCUUUGAAGCUGAAGGCCGUAAAUCAGAAGCAACACUUGAUAUUCAAGACCCACCAAAAUUUAAUGCUGAUGCACUCGGAGAAUUUACAAAGCCAGUCAUUGUAAAGGUGGGUGAAAAUGCAGAAUGGAAGCUGCCAUUCUCGGGUGGGGCACCGAUGAAUAUACAGUGGUAUAAGGAUGAUGAUGAACUUUUGCCUGCCCUGAAUGUGAAGAUCGAAACAUCAGCUACUAAUAGCCAACUACGCCUUACUAAGUGCCAAAGGAAAGACUGUGGAGAGGUUAAAAUCAAAAUCAAAAAUGAAUUUGGUACACUAGAGGCAAUUUCUAAACUCAUUGUUCUAGACAAACCAACACCACCUCAAGGACCUGUAGACAUCAUGGAGAGUGCUGUUACAUCUGUUGAAUACAAGUGGAAGCCACCCAAAGAUAAUGGUGGAUGCCCAGUCACAAACUAUAUCAUAGAACGGCAACAGGUAGGGCGCAAUAAAUGGUCAAAUCUUGGUGAGAUUCCUGGGAGCAACACAAGUUACAAAGAUACAGAUGUGACCCCAGGAAGGAGAUACUGCUAUCGGAUCAAAGCCAAAAAUGCAGAAGGCAUCAGCAAUUACCUGCAAACAGAGGACAUACCAGCUGGAGUAUUACGAUAUCCUGGAACACCAACAGCACCAAAAGUGGUCAGUGCCUUCAAAGACUGCAUUAAUCUCACUUGGAGUCCUCCAUGUGACACUGGAGGAACCAAAAUAGUUGGUUACAAUCUGGAAAAAAACAAGAAGGGCACCAAUUACUGGAGUCUUGUAAAUCAAGGAGGGCCUAUCACAGAUACAAAGUAUGCAGUGAAAGAUGUUUUUGAAGGAGCUGCAUAUGAAUUUAGGGUGGCUGCUAUAAAUCUAUCUGGUGCUGGAGAGCCUAGUAUUCCAUGUGACACAGUAAUCGCCAGAGAUCCAAUGAAACCCCCAGGCAAAGUGACAGACCUGAAGUUGACAUCCUCAAAUUAUACCACCCUUUCACUGGUUUGGAUUAAACCUAAAGAAAUAAAAAGAGUAGAGGAUGAAGCCCAAGGGUACUACGUGGAGAUCAGACCAAUAGAAAACCUUGAAUGGAUUCGCUGUAAUGCCAAUCCAAUUACUCUUACUUCCUACACCGUGCUUGGCUUGAAAGCAAUGGCCGCAUACUGGGUGAGAGUAAUUGCCACCAAUUAUGGAGGUGAUGGAGAACCACAGGGCUUUGACAAUUACCUCAUUGCCAUGCCUCCUCCUGUAAGGCCAAAGUUCAAAGAUCGCAACAUGAAGACCUUUGUGGUGAUACAAUCUGGAAACACAGUCCGCAUAAACAUCAACUUUGAGGCAUCCCCCCUUCCAGAAGUCUUUUGGCUAAAAGAUGGUGUUCCAGUGGCCAAACAUGUAACAAUUACCAACUCUGAUAAGGGCUCUCAACUGUUAAUCCCCACAUCUGAGCGGUCUGACACGGGCAUCUACACCAUAACUGUCAAGAACAUUGUCGGCCAGGAGAGCUUCAAUGUUGAAAUCAGAGUCACAGAUGAUCCCAAGCCCCCAGGUCCUGUGGAGCUGGAUCAGAACAUCCCAGGAACAGUGACUCUGACCUGGACCCCUUCUCCAGAUGAGAAGAGGGAUGACAGACUACACUACAUGGUAGCAAAGCGUGACUCCUUCAAACGCACUUGGAGGACAGCGGCAGACAACCUUUUUAACAACAAGUUCACAGUUGUGAACAUCAUGCCUGGACGAGAGUACAACUUCAGGGUGUUUGCCAAAAAUGAUAUGGGUCUUUCUCCCCCUUCUGAAUCCCCUGUAUUUGAAACCAAAAAGGAAAAAGUUAAGUUCACAGUAAAAAUGCCCGGGGCAAAAUGCUUGGAUUUCCAGUCACCUCCAUCAUUCAUUGUUCCCCUCAAGAUGCGCACAGCUCCACAGGGUUACGAGUGCUUCAUGAGCUGUGCCGUUAAGGGUGAUCCUGCUCCACGUGUCACAUGGUUUCACAACAAUAUUAGCCUGAACACAAACACCAACUACCACAUCACCAAUGUUUGUGGAGUCUGCUCCAUGCUAAUACUAAGGGUGGCACCCAGAGACAAUGGCGAAUACAAAGUCGUUAUUGAGAACAAACUUGGGACAGCUGCGUCCUCUAUGAUCCUGAAUGUCAGAGAGUGAAGAAAUGCUGCAGCGGAUGGACAAAAGCUGAACCGUCAGAUUCCUUGCUGUGUUUUUAAAUAAUAAAAUAUUAUUAAAAUUGAGUUGCAACUUACUAUAUUUACUACUAGUGGGAUGCACACCUGUUUAAAAAUCCUAAAAACAGGAGAAAGUCUCCUUUAGGAAUAGGAAAAUGAUGUGCUUUAAAACUUUAAGAAUUUGUCAUGCAGGAAUGCAUACAUGUAAUAAUCUUGUUCCUGCAGGUUUAGUACAAAGUAUUAUAGUUCUGUAAAAUCUUACACAUUACUCUGCAGAGAUAGCACUGUUUGUAUGUCUGUUCUGUUUACUUUCCCAUUUAUGUCAAGCUUGACUGACAGUUCUUAUACAGUAGACUGAGCUUGCUAAACAACUACAG